AUGGAGCAGUCGAUUCAAGCCUCGGUCCCGCCGCAAGUGGAGGAGCGUCGUGCUCAACGCGCCGCUCGAAAGGCCAUUGGGACGGAAGAAGGGGAGAAAUACAGCCUCGCGGCAACAUACCUGAAACUUGAGGUAUACGAGCCUGCAGCGUGGGCUGCGACGAUCGCCCUUGAAUUCGAUCCGCGGCUGGUCAAGGCGCGCUUCCGAAGAGGCAUAGCGCGCCGGAACACGUUCCUUUACGACGGAGCAAGGAAAGAUUUCGAGGCGAUUCUGCGACGCGACCCAGAUUGUCAAGAGGCGCACCAGGAACUUGAAAUUGUCCGUGGGCUGUUGGCGGCAACUUCAGAAGAACUCGAACACGAAAGUGACGAUGAAGAACACCCCGGGUUCAGUGACGAAGCUUGGGAGUCCUAUUCUGACUCAGAUAGCCCUGACUGCAAGCAUCUUGGAAUUGAUCAAGUCGCUCAGCCUCCAUGCCAGGCCUAUAACCGCGGGGGCUGCGAAAAUGGAAUAGGUUGUCCACUGGGUCAUGCACCUGACAGAAAAAGUGUUCGAGAUGAACUAGGCAAGAACGUCUGUGUCUAUUACCUUCUAGGGAAUUGCGCGUCCGGAGAAGCGAGUUGCCCGUAUUCGCAUGACAGGAAUUAUCUUCCACCCAAUGGUUGGUGGAACUAUCCCGACCAAGUUGAAGCGGCAAAAGUCAUCCAGCCACUCGUUGAGAAUCGACACACCUACAAGGAAGUUAACAAAGCUUUACGUGCCAAUCCGAAGGCACGUAGGUUUGGCGCUCGACGACAUCGGGAGGAAAUUCUCGAAAAUCUCCAGUAUUCACAUUCGUGGGUGAUGGAGGAUGCCCGACGUGUUGCAGCCGUCGACGCAAUACCGCAGACCACUCCUCCGACAGAACGCUUCGUUCUUCUUGUCUCCUUGGAAGAAGAUAACUUCUUGAACAUCCAUAAGCACCUGAUGAGCACCAUGAAACAGAGAGUCCGCGUCGUCCAGGUGUUUAACGCAAGACAGGCAACUACACUCCUCGAUUCGCCCCAUCUCGUUGCCGUGCUCGCCACUGACGCCGGAAUUGCGAGACGCAAGUAUAGCGCCUUGCGAAACAAGAUCGUCGGGUACGUUCAGAACGGUGGCUCGAUCCUCGUAGCAGGGUCCUUCAGCACGCACGUCAGCGGAACCGAGUUCGAGAAGCUAACAAGGGCAUUCGGGCUCCCGUGGACGUACGGCUCGUACAAUAGAUCCCUCUUCAGCUUGAAUCCCGUCAACGAGGUUGCAAGCAGAAACCCAUCCCUAGUGCAGUCGUACAGCAUGAAGUCGUUGCGUGUCGGAAACAUCUCACCGGAGCAAGCUAGUCUCCCGCAGCCAGCCUGA